UGGUGGGCGGGCUUGUUGACGCUCCUGCGCGGCCUUCUUUUCCCUCCUUCCUGUGAUGGCUGCGAGGCUGCAGGGAUGAUGAUGGAGGUUGACGACGCUUGAGAAGAGGGCCCGGGCGGUUGACAGAGCGGCCGUUGCCCGCCAUGGCGGAAGAUCUGGAGCUAGAAAGGAAGGCAGUGGAAGAACUUUUAAAGGAAGCCAAGCGUGGAAAAACCAGAGCAGAAACUAUGGGGCCCAUGGGCUGGAUGAAAUGCCCUCUGGCCAGCACAAACAAAAGAUUUCUUAUCAAUACUAUUAAGAACACAUUACAGUCUGCAAAAGAGCCAGACCAGGAUGAGAAGCAUACGGAAAAUGACAAGGAAUCUGAGCCAAGUCUGAGCAGGGAAGAAACAAAACCAAAGAAAUACAGAAUGCACCCUUACACGCCUAGUUUCCGGGCCAGGAAAAGAGUUAGCUAUUCGCCUCCUAGACGUCAGAAUGGGAACCGGCACACACGGGAGAAGUAUGAAAAGCAGUCAGGCAAAUGAUGAAGAACAUGUACUAUGUUAAGGCAGGAGUGUCAUUAAAGACUGAGUGAUAGACAUGUUCAUCUGAAGCUGACAUGUAAAAAGAAAGUGAGAGUGUGUAUUUACUGUUUUUUCUCCCUUCCUAAUAACACUCUCCUUUGGUGGCUGUAUCGCAAGUAUGUGUGAACAAUACCAUCCUAAGUAAAAUUAACACAUUUCUACGUUCUUAGAAGUUAAGGAGCUUUAGGAGGAACUAACUAAUAGGAUUGCACUGUUAAGAAACGUCACCUUUCGAUUAACAUAGAUAAAUUAGCAGUGUGUAUAUACCAAGUUGUUUUGCAACAUCUUUUAAAAUUUUUUUCCUAAACCCUCUUUGGUUUUAAAGAGUUUCUGUUCUAUGGGUAAAGAAAGCUGAAAGCCUUUGUAUAACUGAGCAGGGGAGAGAAAACUGCCUGAAAAUGGAUGAUGUAAGUGUCAAAGUUUCCAAAUUAAUUUAACUUGCUAUAGAUUUGUUUAAUUUCUAGUAUUUGUUUAUAGCUGAAGGCAUUUGUCCUAAUCCAGUUCAUUAGCUUGGAUCCUACUGAACACUAACACUGGUGGAAGGUAUUUGGUCAGUGGAGGAUGGCAUUUUUGCCUCCCACCACAGUCCAAAAUCCCCCCUGGGACAGGUUCUGCCAUGGAGAUGAGAAAUCAACAAAAAUCAGCUCCUCCUUUGCAUCAGCAGACAUCUCUGUGGGAUCGAGCCCACUAUUUCGUGAGCAUAGAAUAUUCCCUAACAUUGUGGUGAAUGAAGGCAACCUCUGUUUGACUUAAGGUUCUGUUUGCUCAUUACAACUUCGUAAAACUUUGGAUCACAGACACCGUAUAGACCUGGAAUAUGAACCUGGCUCUUCCCGUUGUGCAAUAAAUGAACCAUCUUGUAAAAGCAACAACUGUAUGGCUUUUUUCUCUGCCGAAAAGCUAUUUGGUGAAGAAUGCCAGUUUUGAAAAUUAAGGUUUGCCAAUCAAACAUCUGAUUACGAAAUAACAGGAAGUUGCCUCUUGCGUUUAGAUUGCUGUUACGAUAGAGUUGUAUCGUCGAGUUAUAAAUGCUUCUCUUCUGGUAAUUAAUGUUUGUUAUUCCUUUGCUCUGUGGAACCAUCCAUUGAUAUUUACAGACUUUAGACAUGGUUAUCUGGUGAGUGUGUGAUUAUUUUCAGUGAGUUAACAUUAAAUUUGAACUGUGCAACUGAAAA